AUGGCGUCCCCGUAUACGAUCAAGUGUAGCGGCAUCGUCGCGUACGGGGAGCAAGACUGGGCGUGGGAGGAGCUUCUUACCCGGGAGCCCAAGGAGGAUGAGUUUCUCGUGGAGAUGAUCGCGACCGGCAUCUGCCACACGGACAUUGCCGGCUACGGUGGAAUCUAUCCGCGCGUGCUAGGACACGAAGGAGCCGGUCGUGUAGUCCGCCUCGGAAGCGAAGACCAGCGCCAGAAGUUCGCCGAGGGCGACCUCGUCAUCCUGUCCGCCGCCGCGUGCCUCGUCUGCGCCUACUGCAAGACCGGCCACCCCGCCUACUGCGUGUACCACGCGGCCCUCACCAGCGCCGCCGACUCGCCCGACUUUGUGCUCGCGCGCGACCCGUCCCGCGUCGUCGGCGGCGGCUUCUUCGGGCAGUCGAGCUUCGCGAGCCGCGCGCCCGUCAAGGUCUCCUGCGCAGCGAACGUGACCGCGCUGAUCCGGGACGCCGCGGAGCUGACGGCGUACGCGCCGCUCGGGUGCGGCAUCAUGACCGGCGCGGGUGCCAUCACGCACGUCGGCCGCUGCGGGCCCGACGACGUGCUCGCCGUGGUCGGGCUCGGCGGCGUCGGGCUGGCCGCCGUGUGCGCCGCCAAGCGUCUCAGCGUGAGGACCGUCAUCGCGGUGGACCGGGCGGACUCGCGUGUCCGGCUCGCCGAGUCACUCGGCGCCACGCAUGGCCUCGCGGCUCCCGGGGAGGGUGACUUGGCGGCGGCGCUGCGCGGGGCGACGCCGGAGGCGCUGGGCUGCACGCACAUCCUGGACGCCACGCCGUCGGUGCAGGUGCUGGGGGAGUGCCUGGAGGCGCUGCGGAGGGGAGGCACGGUGCUGCAGGUCGGGCUGAAGCCGGAGGGGGCGCGGCUGGCGGUUGAUCUCCGGGCGCACAUGGUCAACGGCCGGCGGCUGGUGGGCGUACUAGAGGGCGACAGGGACCCGGCGGAGGCACUGCCGGAGCUGGUGUCGUGGGUCCGGGACGGGUCGCUGCCGCUGGACAGGCUCCUGAGGCACUUCCCGGCCGGGGAGUUUGCGGCGGCGCGCGCGGGGAUGGAGAGCGGCGAGGUCAUCAAGAGCGUGCUGGUAUGGCAGUGA